AUGAGGGUGCUGUGUGUGGCUGAGAAGCCCUCCAUCUCAAAGGCCGUUGCUGGCCACCUGUCUGGGGGAAGCGUCCAGACGCAUGGCACGCGCAACCAGUACAUCAAAAACUACUCCUUCAACUUUGACUUCGGGCAGCCCUGGGGAUCCUGCGAUGUGACCAUGACGUGCGUCAUCGGCCACCUCACCAACGUCGAGUUCACGAGCGAGUACAAGAACUGGAGUCACCCGCCUCCGGAGACGCUCUUCACUGCCCCUGUCAUAACCAGUGUCCAUGAGGACAAGAAGGCCAUCACCAAGAACAUUGAAGAGCAGGCAAGGCGUGCUCGACUGCUCGUGAUAUGGACCGAUUGUGACCGCGAAGGGGAGCACAUUGGCCAAGAAAUCGUCGACGCGGCCCGAAAGGGCAAUGCAGGCAUUCAAGUCAAGCGCGCUAGGUUCAGCAACGUCGAGCGAGCGCACGUUCUUUCUGCCGCCAGACGACUCGCGAACCUGGACGGGAAGCAAGUCAAUGCGGUCGCGGCGAGGAUCGAGCUGGAUCUGCGCAUCGGCUAUGCCUUCACCAGGUUCAUGACCAACAGCCUUCGGCCCCUGGGAGGUCCUUUGGAGAAGCUUACGCUGAGCUACGGGUCGUGCCAGUUUCCGACCUUGGGUUUCGUGGUGGAUCGAUAUUUCCGCGUCAAGAACUUUGUUCCUGAACCGUUUUGGAGCAUCAAACUGAUGCACACCAAAGAGGGAAACAAGGUAAACUUCAGCUGGGCCAGAAACCGCCUCUUCGACCGCAUGGCCACGAUUGUCCUCUAUGAGCGGUGCCUUGCUGCAAAAAAAGCAAAGAUUACCAAGGUCCAGGAGAAGCCGACGCGCAAGUUUAAGCCGCUGCCGCUCACCACUGUUGAGCUACAGAAAGCCGCUACUCGCCUGCUCCGCAUGAGUGGUCAGCAAGCCAUGACCAUUGCUGAGGGCCUCUACAACAAGGGCUUCAUAAGCUAUCCCCGUACCGAGACAGACCGGUUCGACAAGGGCAUUAAUCUAAGAACUCUGGUGCAAAAACAGACGCCAGACCAACGAUGGGGUCAAUUCGCCCAGGGCCUGGUGGAUGGGGCGUUCCAGCAACCCAGGGAAGGCAAGCAUGACGACAAGGCGCAUCCUCCAAUCCACCCCAUUACUUACGCGGCACCGACGGUGCUGAGCUUUGAUGAGGGGCGCCUGUACGAAUACGUGGUCCGUCGAUUCCUGGCGUGUUGCGCGGAAGACGCCAAGGGCAUGGCGACAGACAUCGAUUUAGAGUACGGUGACGAGCUGUUCCAUGCCCGUGGAAUCAUUGUCCUGGAAAGGAAUUACCUCGACGUCUACGUAUACGAGAAAUGGGACAACACAGCGGAACUGCCGAAAUUCACAAGAGGAGAGCAGUUUGAGCCGACCGAGGCCAUGAUGAGCGAGGGCAAGACGUCACCGCCAAGCUAUCUUACGGAAGCCGACUUGAUUGCCUUGAUGGACGCCAACGGGAUCGGAACAGACGCCACCAUGGCCGAGCACAUCCAAAAGAUCCAAGACCGAGAAUACGUCGCGACCACGGACAGAGCUGGAACUGCUAGUGAAGGGGAUGGAGAUGAGGCCUCCGAAGCCCCUGCCCGCGGACGAGGCGGCGGGAGAAGCCGAAGAGGCGGGCGGGGAGGCACGGUAUUGGCUGCAAGAAAGGGCGGCCAGAAAGUCUUUAUACCGACUCAGCUCGGCGUGGCGCUGAUCCUGGGCUUUGACCGCAUGAACUUUGAGACUAGCCUGGGCAAGCCGUUUCUGCGCAAAGAGAUGGAGCUCAAGAUGAAGGCCAUCUGCGAGGGCAACACGACGAGGGAAAUGGUUCUCCGAGAGAGCAUCGCCCAGUAUCGGCAUGUCUUUAUGCAGUCGCAGGAAAAGCUAGGCGUUUUACGUUCGGCAUGCCGCGAGUUCGUCUUUGGCCAGUCGGCGAACUAA